AUGAUACUUACUCUCCUGUUAAUUUUUCUCACUGCAAAUUCAGAAAGUACUCCAUCACAUGGGUAAGUUUUUUGUCGAUUCGCUUUCCCCCACCAAGAGGAUGUUCGAAAACCAAUUUCUGAGAAACCCAAGUUCGUAUUUUUCCGAAAUUUCCAUUCCAAAUUUAGUUAAGAAUGAAUUUUUUCAAAAACUUCACGAAAACUAGAGAAAAAUGAAUAUGAAAACAAUUUACCUUCUAAUUCAAAAAAUAAACUAUUUCAAGAAUAUCACUUGCUCAAUAUCCAUCUUCUCCCAAACACUACAACGAGAUUAAAGAGACAAUUUUCAAAAACUACGAUAAAACAAAAUUACCGUGAGUUUGUAUCAAAUUUUAUCAUUUAAUUCAACAUACGAAAUUUCAUAGAUCCUUCACUGAAUUAGAUAUAAUAGUUGUCAACUCUAUAACUCAUUUAUCCGUUAAUGAAUACGACAAUGCUGUUAAUGUUCAAGGUGCUAUAACUUUGGUAAGAUUUAUUAUAUUUCUGAAAUUCAAAUUUUCAAUUUCCUGCAAAACAGAUUUGGAUGGAUGAUAGGCUUCAAUGGUCCGAAGAACAUUACGGUAACAUUUCUGAAAUUCAAAUAGAUUUUGACGAUGAACUUGUUUGGACUCCUAGAUUGAAAAUCUCAAAUUUGAAAUUUGAGAAUGUUUAUCCAAUAGAACCAUUCGGAGCAAUCAGAAUCACAAGCGUGAGUUAUGCUAAUUGUUACCAGAAGAAAAAACCUUGAAAAUCACAGGGAGGAUACCUGAAAACAAGAAUGCAUUAUAAUGCAAAAAUUGGAUGCGAAUUUGAUUUCUCUGAUUUUCCAUAUGACGUACAAAACUGCUCAAUAUCUAUGAGAUUAUUGAACGAAGACGUUAUGUUUAACCCAGUAAUCUUCAAAGCAGCGCUUAGCGCCAUCAAUUUGAACAUAGCUCAUGGAAAAGACAAAACAAUCAUUUCAAACUUCAAACUUAUUGAAGUGAAACUUGACUAUUAUGUUGAUUUACAAACUACUUCAUUUAUUUUGAGAAGACAUGCUCCAUUUAUUCAUGCAGUGUUUAUCGUUCCAUCUUUUGUAAGUUCAAGAAUUUUUUUGUUUUAGAGUUCAUAAUUCAACAGAUUUGCCUUAUUCUGACACUUUCAUCAUUUUUAAUCAAAAGAAAAGACACUGCAUGUUAUCUUUUAUUUGCAACAAUUCUUAUCGAAUCCAUCUUCUACAAGAAUAUUUCAAAAAAAGUCGCGCCAAUCCUGCAAAGUGGAGUUAUUCCAAAUCUUUUCAUUUACUUUGGAAUGAUUUCGAUUGCAAGUGUUCUUGCAUUGUUUCUCAAUUUCUGGGCGUUGAGAAAAAAACAAUACAAUUUGGUUCAUUGA